CGGUUUGAAUCAGUGAGGAAGGAGUUUGGUUCUACCAGGGCUGGAAGACCGGCUUUUACGUCCCCAGGAACAGCAAGGGGCUGUAGAAGUCAGUGAUGCAGGCAGGCAGUAUUGAAAACCCGAUAUUCUGCUUUCUUCUGGUUCCUUCUCCGAUGCGUGUAGUGUCUGUUCUGCAAACCGCAACCCAUAGUUCUUAGCUGCUGGGCUUCAUCUUCAGAAUCUCUGCCUUUCCCCCACCCACCACACCUCGUUUCCUCGGUCUUGCAGCCAGAAUGGAACCGGACUUCGAAUCGGACGGGAGGAUUCGCUGUACAAUAGCGAUCGAGCACCUGGCGGCGGCUGCAGCAGCAGCGCGGACUCGGGUGGUACUUCGGGAUGCUUGGCUUACUCUAGGUCGGGACGAGUUCCGUGAGCUGGUGUUGCAAGUGACCAAUACCAGCGGCCCAGGACGUCCUCAGAAUUUCCCAUUGCGGCGGGAUGAAGUACAACUGUUCACCCGGUUCGUGAAGGAUGGGAAGAGCUCGGUCCAGCUGGGUUCGGGGUCCAGCCACGUGCAGUUGCUGCUCUCCAACUGUCCUCCGGGCCAGUUGCAUCGCUUCGUCCGGACGCUCCGCCUCAAGCUCAGAGCAACACAGGAGGGCAUCAGGCCAGUAGCCGAGCGCACGCGGCUUCUCUCUAGCAUGCCACGCACAUUUGACACAAUAAGCCCUGUGCAGGCCCGCGACUUGCAGCAGACGAACGGCAGACAAGCUCUGGCUGAUGUGGCAACCACCCCGGUGAAAGGCCAGGCACUGCACUGCGCCUCUCGGAAGCGCGCCCGGAAUGAACCUGUGGAAGGAAACCAGGUGUCUGAAAGACGGCAAGUGAAAAAGCCUUGGUCAAUGUGCUCCCGAGCAACUCUGUCCAAGGAACAGUCAAUGGUGUUGCGUGCCGUGCUGAGUGGAAAUAAUGUCUUCUUUACGGGCAGUGCUGGGACUGGAAAAUCCUUCUUGCUGAAAAAGAUCGUGGCCUUGCUCCCUCCAAACAGCACUUAUGUUACAGCUAGCACUGGAGUGGCAGCAUGUCAGAUUGGUGGCACCACACUCCAUGCCUUUGCAGGUAUUGGGUCUGGAAAUGCCCCCCUACAUCAGUGCAUCGAGCUGGCUCAGAGGCCUGGGGUGCGACAGCAGUGGCUGAGCUGCCGCCAUCUGAUCAUCGAUGAGAUUUCUAUGGUGGAGGGUGAAUUCUUUGAUAAACUGGAGGCAGUGGCCAGAGCUGUCAGAAGAUGUGAAGAUCCAUUUGGAGGAAUUCAGCUUAUCAUCUGUGGAGACUUCCUGCAGCUGCCACCAGUCAGCAAAGCCAACAAAGAGGUCAAGUUCUGCUUCCAGGCAAAGAGCUGGCGGAAAUGUGUCACUUUCAACAUGGAGCUGACAGAGGUGCGGAGGCAGACUGACAGAGAGUUCAUUUCUCUUCUAAAUGCUAUCCGCCUGGGCAGAUGCACAGACGAAGUCACCAGACAGCUGACUCUAACAGCUACUCACAAAGUGGAGCGAGAUGGAAUCCUGGCAACCCGGUUAUGUACCCACAAGGAUGAUGUGGAGCUCACAAAUGCUAAGCGGCUGCAGGAGUUACCUGGAGAACCAAAAUCCUUCAAGGCAGUGGAUAGUGACCCUGUGUUGGUGAAGACUCUUGAUGCACAGUGUCCAGUAAGCAGCAUGAUUGAGCUCAAGCAAGGUGCCCAGGUGAUGCUUACUAAGAACCUUAAUGUGUCCCAGGGUCUGGUGAAUGGGGCUCGUGGAGUUGUGAUUGGAUUUGAAACUGAAGACAAAGGGCUGCCGAAAGUGAGGUUCCUGUGUGGCAUCACCACUGCUGUUGGGCUGGAACGAUGGACCUUCAAGGGACCAGCAGGGAUUUAUCUGAGUCGCCAACAGUUACCUCUAAAGCUUGCAUGGGCCAUUUCCAUCCACAAGAGCCAGGGUAUGUCUCUAGAUUGUGUUGAGAUCUCCCUGGCUCGUGUCUUUGAAUUUGGCCAGGCCUAUGUAGCACUCUCUCGGGCACGUAACCUUGCCGGUCUUCGUGUUCUAGAUUUUGAUCCCAAGAUAGUGAGAGCCAAUUCAUAUGUGUUGCAGUUCUACAGUCACUUGAGGCGGGACAAAUGCCCAGUUCAGGCUUCUCUGUUCUCCUACACUGAUAAGGAAAAUGAAGACGCCACCUAAAUGGACACUGUUUUGAGCACCCUGACAGAGUGUUGUUGCGCCUGAUCUUCUUGAAUCAUUUUAUAAGUGCCACUUGGGAAACAACUUCCAUAAAUUGUGGACUGACUGCUGUCUAGCAGUAAAAUAAUGGACUGGAAUCACUUUAUACAAGUAUAGAAAAUCCAGCUAUCUUCUGUCACAGCCUACAAGAUGAACACUGAAAUAAAAGUUUUCAAGCUUGUUAUGAGAUGAAUUAGGAUAGAAUCCAGGAAUUGCUUGAGGCUGUCACGUCUGAAUAUGCAGGUUCUUGCUAUCAUAUUUGAUUCAAAUAACAUCUAUAUUGUAUUGUUAAAGGGUAAAAAACAUCCUCUGUAUAUAGGAACUCAUUACUUCCUUGCAUAUCGAGUUUUACAUACUAAGCUGUAAUAGGUUCAUGGUUAAAAGUGAACCAAAAAGCAUUACUUGCUCAGGAGCAAGCCUUGCUUGGGUCUCACUAUUUGCCAGAACACCUACAAACACCUGUAUUUAUAAAGAUAACAGGUUGUUCUACUAGAACUUGCAUGUGUCUUGAUGCUAUUUCUCAGUGUCAAAUCUAGCAGAAGUUUUUUUUAGAAUAAAGACAAGUGAAAAUAUUA